GAGGUGCUCUGUAGGGAGGAGUCCUGCCAAAAUCUGAAGUCCACCUCUCGUGCUUCUAUCCACUGGGCUGCAGUGGGCUGGCACGCUCUUUGGAAACUGGAGCAGGCUAGUUACAGUUCACACUUGUGCAGGGAAGAACAAGAAGGGCUGUGUUUACUUUCUAUAUGGAAACUUAAGUUGUGGUAGAGGCAAGAAGAGCUGGGAGAAUGGCACUGGGAUUGUGGUCAUUGCUUAAACUUUUCCUCCUAUGUGAGGUGGCAGCCUCGGUUAGCUUUUUCCAUCACCGUUAUGAUGAUCUGGUCCGGGCUCUGUAUAAUGUGCAAAACCAGUGUCCCUAUAUCACCAGGAUCUACAGCAUUGGAAGAAGUGUGCAGGGAAGGCACCUCUAUGUUAUUGAAUUCAGUGACAACCCCGGGAUCCAUGAGCUAUUGGAACCAGAAUUCAAGUAUGUUGGGAAUAUGCACGGUAAUGAGGUAUUAGGACGGGAGUUGCUCAUCCAGCUUGCAGAGUUUCUCUGUGAAGAGUAUCGGAACAACAACGAGCGCAUUACCAGACUCAUACAAACCACAAGGAUACACAUUCUACCUUCCAUGAACCCAGAUGGAUACGAAGUGGCUGCCGACCAGGGGCCAGAGUUCAAUGGAUAUCUGAUUGGGAGAAAUAAUAUUAAUAAUAUGGAUCUAAACCGUAACUUUCCCGAUCUCAAUACUGUCAUGUAUUUUAAUGAAAAAUAUGGAGGCCCAAACCACCACCUUCCUCUUCCAGAUAACUGGAUGGCACAGGUUGAGCCUGAGACUUUAGCAAUGAUUCAGUGGCUGAAAAACUACAACUUCGUCCUAUCUGCAAAUCUACAUGGUGGAGCUGUUGUUGCAAAUUAUCCAUAUGAUAAAACUAAAGAAAUUAGGGUCAGGGGGUUCUACCGCUCUGCCUAUUCUUCAACGCCAGAUGAUGCUCUUUUUAAAGAGCUUGCUAAAACGUAUUCAUAUGCGCAUGGCUGGAUGCAUACUGGCUAUAACUGCCAAGAUUUCUUUAAUGAAGGAAUUACCAAUGGAGCUUCUUGGUAUUCACUGUACAAAGGCAUGCAAGACUUUAAUUACCUUCACACCAACUGCUUUGAAAUCACGUUGGAGUUAAGCUGUGAUAAAUUUCCACGGGAGGAAGAACUAGAACGAGAAUGGCAUGGAAACCGUGAAGCUCUAAUAACCUAUAUCGAUAAGGUUCACCAGGGAAUAAAAGGAAUGAUCACAGAUGAAAAUGGCAAUGGAAUAGCCGAUGCAGUGAUCUCAGUCAGUGGCAUUUCCCAUGAUGUUACUUCAGGUGUAGGUGGUGAUUAUUUUCGGCUAUUAUUACCUGACACAUAUGAAGUAACUGCAUCAGCAGAGGGCUAUUAUUCCAAGACUUUGUCUGCAACUGUUGGCCCAGCUGAUGCCACUUUGGUUAAUUUCCAGCUAAAGCAGCAGAAAGCAACAAUAGAGUCAAGGAACCUAAAUCACAACCUAAAUCACAAAGACAAAAACAAUAUAAGGAAGGUUGUUCCAAGAGCGGCCAACAAAAGGAAAUCCAGCUGAAAGCAGUUACGUUUUGCUACUCCUGAGUCUGGAAAAUUUACAUCUUGGAGAACAUAUGAAAAGCUUUUUCUUUCCCCCAUAAAAUGUUGCAAAGGAUUGAUUUAUAUGUAUGGAAAGAGGACUGAAAAUGCCAGUAGACGAAAGAGAAAAUUGAAAAUACUGUUAACAGAAUGCUAAAUUAAAUAUUUUGUAAUGCUAUUUAAGGAAA